AUAAAGAAGAUUCAUUCAUACCGACAUGUGAAGAGCACAGGUAAAUCUGCACUCGGCCAGUUAAUGAAUCGCCUCUCUCUCAAUUAGUGAUUGGUUGUGGUUCGCUCGAGGUGAAAGAUCAACUUAUGAAUAUUUCAUUAGGACAAGUCUGGUUAUCCGAGUAAAAUUCGUUACUUAUGAACAGCGAAACCUACAAACGGUGCAGUAUAAUGGUGAGAAUCGUGUGUUUCGCGUUGCCACUAGUGGUCCUGUUUGGCGUAUAUGUCUUCGGCGUCACCGGAGCUACGACCAAUGCCGCUGAACCCUCAGUCGAAGCUAUUAGGCGCGUCAUUGUCGACGUCGAUGCCGGGCCUGAUGAUGCGUGGGCCUUGUUUCAUCUGCUCAGUAGUCCAGGCGUGCGCGUAGAGGCUAUCGUAUGCGUCAAGGGAAAUACCAACGUGACUAAUGUAGGGCGAAAUGUCCUACGAGUGUUGACCACAUUGGCGAAGGAAAAGGAGAUUCCAGUAUACCUCGGCUCCAACGAACGACUCAUAACUCCAGAACCGGCGUCCGCCUCGAACGGCGGCUACUUCGGAUCGGAUGGCUUCUCCGAUAUUGACUUCUCCGAUCUACCGGAUCCGGAUAUGACCCUACUGAGAACCUCCACCUUCAAUGACCUGAACAAUCUGAUCGCGCAAUAUCCCCAGCAAAUAACCUUCAUCCAGUUGGGACCCUCGACGAACCUGGCUUUGCUGUUCAAGGUUUUCCCAGAGACGCGACAUCGCAUCCGGGAGGUGUUCAUAAUGGGCGGAAAUCGACACGGCGUUGGCAAUACGGAGAAGGCUGCCGAGUUUAACUUCUACAGCGACCCCGAGGCGGCGCAUAUCGUGAUCAACAACUUCGCCGGUAACAUUACGAUUCUUCCGUGGGAAACGGCGUCACGGGAGAACUUGGUUACGAAUCAGACGUGGCGAUUCGAGGUGCUGGGAAACUCUUCCCAUCCUUUACUGCAGAUGCUCAACCCGGUGGAGAAGAAACCGUUAGGAGAUGAAGAUAACUGGAUGCCCUGUGAUUUACUGGUGGCGAUGGCGUUCACCCAUCCGGAGUUAGUGACGGAAACCAAGCGCUACCGCGCCGAUGUUGAACUGUACGGUUGGCUAACCAGAGGUCAGCUAGUGUUGGACCAUAUGAACCAAGGGCUGGGCAACGUGACCAUCGUGGACAAUAUGGAUAGCGAAAAGAUUUUGCAGAUGUUGAUGGAAAGCACGAAUCCAGCGUAAAUAAAAUCUUUUCUACACAUCGGUAAUGAAAUUUACUAAAUUAUUGUUUUAC